GAGUUCUUAACACUGUUGUAGUCAACCACUCAAGUCUCAACUGAUUGUGGUUUGCAGAAACCCUUCAAGGCCCCCUCCCCAACCUGUCUCUCACUUCUCAUCUCUCUUGGGUCUGUUGGUUUUCUCCUACUGCAUAUGGCUUCUUCUUCUUCCACUCACCUAAAGAAGUAUGAUGUCUUCUUAAGCUUCAUAGAUGGAGAUUUUGAUGGUGAAGGUGAUGAUGAUGACUCCAGUAGAAACUUCAUUGACCAACUCUAUGAAGCUUUGAUCCAAAGAAGUUACCGUAUCUUCACAGACGAAGACAAUAAGCGCAACCUGGACGAUCAUAUCACCUCUGAAUUCGUAAAAACCAUAGAAGAAUCGAAGGUUUCGAUUGUUGUAUUCUCCAAGAACUACGGAUCUUCCAUAUGGUGCCUUGAUGAAGUGGUGAAGAUGUUAAAAUGCAAGCGUGAUAUGGGUCAGACUGUUCUUCCCGUUUUCUAUAAGGUGGAUCCUUCUCAUUUUCGGAAACAAAACGGGAUUUUAUCGGAAACCUUUGCCGGAUACGAAGAACGAUUCAGAUCGGAGAUGGAGAAGGUGAAGAGAUGGAGGGAGGCUCUCACUGAAGCUGGGAAUUUGUCCGGUUGGCAUAUACAAGAUGUUGCAGACGGGGCUGAGGCAAAGUUUAUCAAAGCGAUCGUUGAAGAGGUCUCAAUGAAAGCAAAAGAAAGACACAUGAACAUUGACAAUUAUCUAGUUGGGAUAGAUUCCCGCAAAGAAGCCAUAAAUUCUUUAUUAAAUCUUGGUUCUAGUGAUGUUCGUAUUAUUGGGAUCUAUGGUAUCGGUGGCAUGGGUAAGACAACCAUUACCAAAGCUGUCUAUAACCAAAUCUUACAUGAAUUUGAAGGCAGUACUUUUCUUGGAAGUGUUAGAGAAAUUUCUGAACAUCGUACUGGUUUACUUCAUCUGCAAGAGCAACUUCUUUCUGAUAUAUUGAUGAAACAGAACAUUCACAUAAACAGUGUUGAUAGAGGAAUCAUUGUGAUUAGAAAAAGGCUCUGUUCUCGAAAGGUUCUUGUUGUUCUGGAUGAUGUGGAUCAGUCAAACCAAAUAAAUGCAUUAGUUAGAGAACGUGACUGGUUUGGCUUGGGAAGUAGAAUCAUCAUAACAACCAGAGAUCAACAUUUUCUGAAUGGGCUCGACGUGGAUGGAAUAUAUGAGGUUGAGAAACUGAAUUCAAAGGAAUCCCUCCAACUCUUCCGGCGCUAUGCAUUUGAAAAGGUUCGUCCAAGAAGACAUCAGAAUGAGAUUUCAAAAAAAAUAGUGUCUUAUCUUGGCGGGCUUCCAUUAGCUCUUCAGGUGUAUGGUUCAUAUCUACACAAAAGAAGCAUAGAUGAAUGGAUAAGUUCAUUACAAAAGUUAAAAAUAAUUCCGAAUGACGAAAUUCAGGAAAAACUUAAAUUAAGCUUUGAUGCUCUUGACAGUACGGAGAAAGACAUAUUCCUUGACAUUGCAUGCUUCUUUAUUGGAGUGGACAAAGAUAUUGCAAUUAAAAUACUUGAUGGUUGUGGUUUCUUCCCAGAAAUAGGAAUUGCUGUUCUCACGCGUAGAUCACUUUUAACAGUCAGUGAAAAAAAUCAGCUCGGAAUGCAUGACCUACUUCGAGACAUGGGAAGGGAAAUUGUUCACAAAGAAUCUCCUAAUGAGCCUGGAAAGCGUAGUAGAUUGUGGCUUCAUGAAGAUGCAUAUGAUACGUUGACGAAAAAUGCAGGUACAGAAGUAGUUGAAGGUGUGGUCUUGAAUUACCGCCAAUCAAGCAAAGUAUGUUUGAGUAUUGAGGCAUUUAUGAAGAUGGAAAGAUUACGAUUGCUCCAAGCUAAUUAUGUUCAGCUCUUGGGACCUCCUGAGAAUUUUCUAAAUGAUUCGUUCUCUUUUAUGGGGAAGAAACAUCUGUUCAAGGAGUUAAGAUGGCUAUGUUGGCAUGAAUUCCCUUUAAGAUCUAUGCCAAACAAUUUUCAUCUAGAUAAACUUGUUAUUCUUGACCUACAAUAUAGCAAUCUCAAGCAAGUCUGGAAGGGAAGCAAGCCAGUGUAUCUUGGAAAGUUGAAAGUCCUUAAUCUCGACCAUAGCCUUUACCUAAGCAAAACCCCCAACUUCUUGGGACUCCCUAGCCUUGAGAUAUUGACAUUUCAAGGUUGUACAAGUUUGGUUGAAGUUCACAAAUCCAUUGGAGAAUUAAACAAUCUUCUCAUUUUGAAUCUAAAAGAUUGUACAAACCUUCGGAGGCUCCCAAGAAGCAUUUGGAAUUUGAAAUCUCUACGAAGUCUUAUUCUUUCUGGUUGUUCAAAAAUCAAUGAAUUGCCAGAGGAACUGGGAAAUAUGGAAAGUUUAACAGAGCUUCUUGCUGAUGGAACUGUCAUAAGGAAACUGCCGAUGUCCAUUGGGCUUUUGCGUAACCUCAAAAGCUUGUCUUUAGGUGGCUGUAAAGGAUCACCAUCAAAAUUCUGGAAUUCCUCUAUUUGGUCAUUGGUAUCACCAAGGAGUGAUGAUCCCGUUACAUCUUUGCCUGCUUCAUUCUCUGGUUUACGCUCCUUGAGACGCCUGAGUCUUAGGGACUACAACCUAUCUGGUAUGCUUCCCAAUGAUCUUGAGAAUUUAUCGUCAUUACAAGAAUUGGAUCUAGCCUUCAACAGCUUUUGUGACUUACCUGCUAGUAUCAGCCGCCUUCCCCAGCUUCAAUCCCUUUGGUUACAGAAUUGUACAAAGCUUGGAUCACUUCCAGAGCUUCCAUCAAGUUUAAAGUACUUGUAUGCAAAUGGUUGCACAUCCAUUGAAAAUCUAUCCAGUCUUGCAAGUGCAUCCUCGUUGCAGAGGUUGGAUUUAAGUCAGAAUAAUAUUUGUAGCUUACCUGCAGAUAUCAAUGGACUUUCUGAAUUGCAAUUUCUUACACUGAAAAAUUGCCCAAGGCUUCAGUCGCUGCCAUUGCUUCCGUCAAACAUAAUGACUUUGGAUGCAGAAGGUUGCACGGUGAUGGAAAGACUAUCAAGCUUGGCAAAUUUAAAGAAGAUAAAGUCCUUGUUCUUGAGUAGGUGCAGCAAACUAAUUGAGGUGGAAGGCUUGGAGAGGUUGGAAACUACACCAACUAUUCACAUGGAAGGGUGCAAUGAUUUGGCAAAUGCUUUCAGGGAUAACCUCUUUCAGGGGAUGAGUGAACCUGGUAUUAUUGACAUCUUUGUCCCUGGGGGAGACAUUCCAGAUUGGUUCAGCUACCAAAGUGCAGGGUCCAGAUUAUAUUUUGAGGUUCCUCCAUUGUUGAACCAUAAGAUUCACGGCUUGAUUAUUUGCGCCAUUUAUGCAGCAGACAAAGAAGAAGAUGAUCCUACAGAUGGUCCUGAAGCCACAUUCAUAAACAUGACAAACGGUCUAGAUUGGAAACACAGCCCCAAAAGCAAUGGCGUUUCAGUAACAAAGCAGGAUCACAUAUGGUUGAGCAAUAUAGCAGAGUCAACGUUUAUGGAUCAGUUGGAUGGAGGGGAUCAAGUAGAUGUCUCAAUAGAAAUGGGUGACUCUAUCCAGGUGAAGAAAUGUGGGAUCCAUCUGUUUCAGGAUACCUAUUAUCCAUAUGACCUUGAAGCUGAGAAAGGCCAUAAAGAAGAUGAUGGAGCAGGGUGCAGUUAUUGCCAUUUCAAUGAGGAACAAGACCUUGAUUGGUUGACCGGGCCUUGCCCAAAAAUGAAUUCCGAUGAGGUAAAUCAAAGUAGCUAUGGCACUAGUUUUUUCAGACGUUUCCUCAAGGACAUCUGAGGUGUGGGAAUACUAUAGAAUGAUUUUGACAUUAAUUUGAUAGGAUUUGAAUCCUCAUGGUAACAAAUUCUCUGAUUUUUUAUAUUGUGAUUACAUUUGUUACAGAAUACACUCUCUGUAAACCAAAACUGUAGGUUUUAUUGAUUGGGUUAAGGUAUAGUAGACAGGGAAAGAUAGUGAGUUGUUCGAGUUUGUGUGGGAUUUCUCUCCCUUGUAAUCGUAUGUAUAGUUAAAAUGAUUCUGCUAAGAACAUUACAGGUAGAACAUUGCAUGUGUAUUGACUGAAAGACCUUGUUGAUUAUUGUUUGACUUGACUUUUA